AUGCACUGCAAUUGGUCUCCGGUCUACAGAAAAACUCUUCAGAUCAUUUGUGAGCUUGAGGUCUUCUUCUGGUGCGCUGCUUCGGCUGGUUUCUGCAUCAAUUCGAAGGGGAUUGGCGGCGAAGAAGGCACGUUGUGGUUGAGUCGUCCUCGUGGUCCUCUGACUAAGAGGUCGACGAAAUGUCUGAAAAUACGCCUAAUCCGGUAUCCUCUAAGGCAAGGGUAUUCUGGGACUGCGGCGACUGAAGCAGCGCUCGGCAGGUGCUCCGAAGACUCCCAGUGGAUGUGA